AAUCUUUUCAGUUGAGUUUGGAACGCGUAACCGUUAAAACGUACAGACCUCUUGCAGCGGAAGUUUGAAGCUUUUCUGGGGGAUAUUGAAUAUUUUUGCGCGUAUUGAAUAUUUGAAUUUAUUUUUUUGCGGAACCAUGCAGCGACUCCAAGUGUGCAGUGUCCUAAUCCUGGCCUGGAUUGUCUGUGGACAUGCCCUGGCCGUGAGUUCACCGGAGUGCCCGGAGAAGUACGGCGAGCAGGCGUACGCCCACACGGAGAACUGCGACCAGUUCUUCCUCUGCACCAACGGAACUCUGACCCUGGAGACCUGCGAGAACGGCCUGCUCUUCGACGGGAAGGGCGCGGUGCACAACCACUGCAACUACAACUGGGCGGUGGACUGCAAGGGUCGCCAGUGGGAUCCCACUCCCAUCUCGACGCCGGCCUGCGAGUACCAGUUCGGUCUGUACGCGGUUUCCAAGGACUGUUCCACCACGUACAUCAAGUGCGCCCACGGCGAGCCCCAUGAGCAGGACUGCGACGCAGGAUUGGCCUACGACGAACGCAUCCACGGCUGCAACUGGCCGGAUCAGCUGCUGGACCAUUGCAAUCCCGAGGCUGUCGUCGGCUUCAAGUGCCCCACCAAGGUGGAUCCGAACUCGGUGGCCGCCCGCUUCUGGCCCUUCCCCCGCUUCCCGGUCUCUGGCGACUGCCACCGCCUGAUCACCUGCGUCGAGGGACAUCCCCGCCUGAUCAGCUGCGGCGAGGACAAGGUCUUCGACGAGCACACGUUGACCUGCGAGGAGCCGGAGUACGCCAGCGGAAGCUGCGCCAACUACGGCAAAUAGGGAUCGCCGAUCGCUCUGUAUAUACAUAUACUCACGAACAUGCUACAGUGAAAGCUCGAAAGAGUAAAAACACGAUUAUGUGAACGUAAAAAUUAAAGAAAAAAUGUUUGCUGUAAGACACGAGCUGUUGUUUAAAAGUUUUCGCUGUUUUCGAGUGUGCACUGUAUGUGUGUAAAGAUGGAUGCUCCGACUAACUACUUCUACCCCUCUGUAUAUCGCAUGCACUGUAAAAAACUUCCCAGCCCAACCGCUUGUUAACCGCUACCCUUUUAUUGUCAACUUUUCUGUAUUAUUAACUUGUUUGUUGUUUGGUCUCUUUUGUAUAUGAAUCGCAAUAAAGUUAAUUUUAUUUAUUGUA